CACACACACUGCAUCCAAAACAAAGCUGGUGGAGAACGAAGAGCACGGAGCAGAGCGCUACAGUGAUAUCUCGGGAGAGCAAAAAGCAGGAUUAAUUUAUUUUGAAGCAUUACUGGUUUUGCUGAGUGUGUGUGUGUGAGUGUGUGUGUUUGCGGUGCAGUGGUGAGCACUCAGCCCGCGGUGAUGGACAUUAUGAGUGCGGUGCAGGAUGCGUGUGUCUCCGGUCAGUGGCUCACCGCGAUCAUACUCAGUCUGUGCUGCUUUUUACCUUCGUGUCUGCCUGCUGGACAAACUGUGGACUAUGCCUCGAGUGAGAGUGUGGUGAGCAGGCAAGGAGACACGGCACUGCUCAGGUGCUACCUGUUGGAUGGGAUCUCGAAAGGGGCGUGGUUAAACCGCUCCAGUAUCAUAUUCGCAGGAAACGAUAAGUGGUCAGUGGAUCCUCGCGUAUCCAUCGUAUCGAACACAGGCGACAAACAUGAGUACAGUCUACAGAUACAGAAAGUGGACGUCACGGACGAAGGCUUCUACACCUGCUCGAUACAGAGCGAGCGCAACCCGCGGCCUAAACUCAUCCAGUUAAUCGUCAAAGUUCCACCAAAAAUAUAUGACAUCUCGUCGGACAUCACGGUAAACGAAGGCGGCGAUAUUUCACUCUUCUGUUUAGCCAGUGGGAAACCAGAGCCGAAGAUCACCUGGAGACACAUCAGCCCUUCAGCCAGGAAGUUUGAGAGCGGAGAGAAUCUGAACAUAAGUGGAAUAACUCGGGAUGCAGCGGGGGAUUAUGAAUGCGGCGCUGAGAAUGAUAUUGCUUCUCCUGACACCAGGACUGUGAAAGUCACCGUCAACUUUCCACCUUCCAUCCAUGAGGCGAAGAGUCACGGGGUCCGGCUCGGCUACACAGCGCUGCUGAGGUGCGAGGCGGCUGCCGUCCCGCCUCCGGUGUUCGAAUGGUACAAAGGGGAGAAGAGAAUCAGCAAGGGUCAAGCAGGCAUUGACAUCCAGAACGUGAGCUCCAGGUCCAUUCUGACAGUGAGUAACAUCACAGAGGAUCGCUAUGGCAACUACACCUGCGUGGCUUUCAAUAAACUGGGGACAGCCAACGCCAGCGUGUCUCUGAUUCCUCCUAACACAGCUCAGUACGGGACCACCGGAGGAGGAGAAGCUCUACUGGCCUGUGGUUUCCUGGUGCUGGCUCUCAGCUCCCUGCUCUGUGUUUACUAGCGCUACGUACAGCCAUACGCACUGAACUGGACUGAACCAUUCACACGGCUCAUUUCCGGAUCCGAUCUGGCAACGCGGUUUGCUUUUGUUUUGUUUUGUUUUGUUUUGUUUUUUUGUUGUUUUGCGAAAAGAGAGCUAUUUUAAUCAGUACUUUUCAGAUGGUGGUUUUUAUGUUCUGUUUAUGGAAUUUCUCAUCAUGUAAAUAUGUACGGUUUACAUUUCUUCUACCCCCUCCCCUCCCUUCCCCCCUCGCUUAGUUUCUUUUCUUUUCUUUUCUUUUCUUUUCUUUUCUUUUCUUUUCUUUUUGUUUGCCCACUUUGUGAAUCAGCACCAUUGUGCUCUUUUUGGAAAGCUUCAGAAUUAGCCGUUGCUCUCUGAGGGGAGCGGGGGAUGGGGAGUCACUGUACGAGGUGUGUGUGUGUGGGGGGGGGGGGGUUCGUGCUAAAAGUGUGUGUUGUUGUUGUUGUGUUUCUGAGAGGACGCCCUGAAGCGAGGGCUCUCGUACACACACUUCUCUCUACUCUUUCAGGUCAUAAUAUUUAGCCGGCUAAUUCGAAACCACUCAGAUUUGCACAAUCAGAACAAUCAGGACGCGCUGAGAAGGGAAACGUUUCGGCGAACCGCUGUAACACGGACGACGGGUCGAACGCCGAUAUUCCAGAAUUUCACUGAUAAUUGCGUGGACCAAAAUGACAGCCAUAAUUCAGUGAUUUUAGCACGUUAUGCUAACAUUUGAAACAUAAUCAGCUUGCCUACUCUGCCAUAAUAAUUAUCAAAUAAAAUCUCAGAUAAAUAUUUACCUUGACAUUGGUUUCCCAAAUAUGUGACAAAAUUUCAGCUGUUUAUUUCUUCUUUUAUUUACUUUAUUUUAAUAUAAUUUUAAAAAAAAACGAACAAUCGAACAACAAAAAUAACGAUGGGUAUUUAGAAAUAUCGAAUUGUUUUGAUUUUGUUUUAUUUCUUUCUUUUUGAAAUAGACACUAAAAUAACUACGUACGUUCAAGAGGCAACAGAUUUAUAACAAUGAUGUAAUAAGAUUACGUUUACAACUCAAUAAUACAUUCUAAAUGACUUUCAUUUAAUUUAUUUUUGUUUUACUGAAGGGAAUCAAAUCAAAUAAAUAUGAAUAUAAACCGAUUUGUAGAUUUUAUUUUUAAUUUUAAGUUUGUUAAAAAGCAAAAUGAAUUUGUUAUAUUCAUAAUGUGUUUAUUUUAGCAGAAUCAUUUAAUGAUUCAUGAAUAUUUAUUAAUAUUCAAUAAAUCAGUAUUUGAUCAUGAAUUUAACUCGAUUCCCAAAAUAUAUUAAAAAAAAAAAAAAAAACGUUUGAUUUUUUUUUUUUUUAUUUGUCCGAUCUGAAAUUUACUGCAGACAGAAAUGAUUAUGAAAUUCUAUUCUUUGCUUCUGGGAGCCACAGACCAUGGAAAUAAAACCAAUGUGAGAUGUAUUUAACUGCAUAAUGUGAGUAUAAUGUAUGUAUAAAAUCAAUUUUAUGCACUAUGUCGAAUUUAACUGGUGUUAAACAAAUUUACAUUACAGUGUGAACCCGUGAUUAGCGGUUGAUUUGAUUAGCCUUCAAAAUGAUCAUGAUGGAUUUCUCUAUAAUUUUUUUUUUUUUUUUUUUUUUUUUUAACGUUUAUUUAGAAUAUGGGUGUUUUUUUAUUAUUAUUAUUAUUUUUUUGGAAAAGUGUGUCUCAACAGAAAAGAAAUCCUGUGUUGAUUUUCCUCAGUUUUAUUUCACUGUAUGUUUCUUUGUUGUUGUUGAUGAUGGAGAUCGUCUGUUACCUUUCACUUUUACCAGAUUCAGUUCUAUUUUAUUUUUUUAAUUAUUGUUCUGAUGAGUUGUACAGGAUUUUGAUAAUGUUUUAAUGCAUCACAUGACGUACUCCCUGCUUUUGCUUUAGUCGGUUUUUGUACGUGAAUUUGUUUUGAAGCGGGGGAAGCGGGUGGGAUAAAUAGCGGACGGUACGAUAUAUGAUAUUUGAAAUAUUAUAUGAUAUGAAGUGUGGAUCUAAAUGUCACUGGUUAUCAUUUAAAAAGAAAGUAUGCAGUAUGGCAUAGUUUACAAUGUCGUCUUUCAGUUUAGAUGCCAUGUCUGUCGUUAAAACUUCUUAUGGAACAAAUAGACUCGAGUAAAAAAAAAAAGAAGCAGUUUGUAAUGAAAAACAUUAACUUUUUAACUCAGAGGGUGUGAACACAGUUAUACGAUAUCAUAGAAGCUAAGUCGUGUGUGUGUUUGGAGAAAGUAGAACUAAUUUUAUAUUCUCGGUAGAGCCUUGUGUCUAGGUUUAGUUUGACUUCUACCCUAGAUCUCACACACGUUAUGUAUUUUCCGAUGUGCAGAAAUUAUGAUUGUGCUGCAUGUCACAUGUAUGUUAAGGUGGCCAAUGACCAUAAACCGAUACCUUUUGAGUACAAAACUA